AUGGCCAAAAGUUUUAACGCAUUGGCUGUCGAGGCUGGUGGAUUUGAGAAACUUCCAUUUAUUGAAAAAGAUGCACGGAAUUAUAUUGACAAGGCUCGACACCUUAGACUUGGAAAAGGUGGUGCUGAUGCACUUCGUAGUUAUUUUGAGAGAAUGCAAUAUAAAAAUGAUGGGUUUUACUCAUUGAUGGAUUUGGAUGAUGAUGGACGAUUACAAAAUGUCUUUUGGGCCGAUGCACGUAGUAGAGCAGCGUAUGAGUAUUUUGGGGAUGUUGUGACAUUUGAUACAACAUACCUCACAAACAGAUAUGGCAUGCCAUUCGCCCCCUUUGUUGGUGUCAACCACCAUGGACAAUCAAUACUGUUGGGAGCAGGUUUGAUAUCAAGUGAAAGUACUGAAACUUUUAUUUGGUUAUUUGAGACUUGGUUGAAAUGUAUGGAUGGGAGAGCGCCAAAAGCUAUCAUAACUGAUCAAGACAGGGCCAUGAAAAAUGCUAUUGCAAUAGUUUUUCCAAACACUCGGCAUAGAUACUGUUUGUGGCACAUAAUGCGAAAACUACCAGAGAAGUUGGGAUCACAUGCUGAAUAUAAGUGUGGUUUGAAGAGUGCAUUGCAAAAGUGUAUUUAUAAUUCUCGAACUUCGGGCGAGUUUGAGAAGUCUUGGGAGGUGUUUCUUGACACCUAUAAUUUGCAUGAGAAUGCAUGGCUUCAAAGUCUCUAUAAUGAGCGAAUGUAUUGGGUUCCUGUAUAUCUGAAAGAUACAUUCUGGGCUGGGAUGAGCACAACUCAGAGGAGUGAGGGCAUGAAUGCCUUUUUUGAUGGAUUCGUACAUUCAGGGACUACAUUAAAAGAAUUUGUCGAUCAAUUUGAUAAUGCACUGAGGAAGAAAGUAGAGAAUGAGAUGGCAGCGGAGUUUCACUCAUUUAAUGCCACAGUCCCAUGUAUAUCUCAUUUACCCGUGGAGAAGAAAUUUCAAGAAGUGUACACGAAUUCUAAGUUUAAGGAAGUACAGGCAGAAGUAAUGGGGAUUAUCUAUUCUCAUUGUGUUCUCAUCAAAACGGAAGGGGCGAUUACAACAUAUCAAGUUAAUGAUCAGAGGCAAGUGGAAGACUGCAUCAAACGAUCAACUUUGCAGGCAUACUUUAAUGAAGAUGAGUGUGAGGCGAAAUGCAUGUGUGGUCUAUUUGAGAUGAGAGGAAUUAUAUGUAGGCAUAUUCUUGCCUAUGGAUAG